UGAAUUUCUCCCAGUUCUCAGACACAUACUCUAUCUCGAGAGCUGAAAAUCCGCACCGCCCCGGCUAAGGAAGGACGCAUCGCCCAGCGCGCCCGCUUAACCGCCUGAUCAACUUUCAGCGACCUGUUCCGGCGAUCCCGCAAGUCUCUCUCUGCUCCCGCACGCUGCCAAGAACCCUGCCGUUGACCCGGCACCCUGCCCUGAAGUUCGACCUCCCAAAGCGCACCUUCCUGGGUCGAGCUCCGCCUGCCACUUCUAAGCCCCGGCUCGGCACCCUGUCAGUGUCCCGUUGCUCCCGCGACUGACGAUACAGAGUCACUAACCCCCUUCGUGCGGGGCUACGGGGGCAGCAGCGGGUUAAGUUGCGGAGAUAUUCUCUGCGCCAGUGGCAGCGGAAAGGCGGGCGCCCUGUCCUGGGCAGGUGGGCGAUACUUGAGGUGGAGCCAGGCAGCUCUUUUCACGCACAGCUUGGAGCUCCGACUUUGCAGAACAAGGGAAGCGUGUCAGGUUCACAGCCUGCGACCCGGAGGGCUGGGAUGGGAAAACAAAUCAGAAGCGGGAGUGAAAUCGACACGGAAGUUCAGAGUGCAGCGACUUGUUACUGUGAGCAAUUACGAGCUUUUGGCUGCGGAUGCUUCGCAGGGCAAUAUCCGGGGGUAACAGAUGUCUCAAGGCCGGGAUUCUCCUUCUGCUGGCCCUCUGCCUGAUCCCGGCCGCCCUGUGGGGCAGAGGGAGGAGCCGCGGGAGCAUCCAGCCCCGCUGCCCCUCGCGGCUGAACGACGCCUCCUUCCUGAUGCGGCCCGCCAGCCGGUGCGACGACGGGGCCCCCUUCCUGGUCGUCCUGGUCACCAGCUCCCCGGAUCAGUUCGAGUCACGCUCAGCCAUCCGCCAAACCUGGGCGAGUGAGCGGUGGUUUGGCGAGGCCAGGGCCGUCACCUAUUUCCUGCUGGGACACGGGCGGGAGCGGCAAGACUGGAUUGAGUGGGAGGGCGCCCUGCACCGGGAGAUCAUCCAGGGUGAUUUCGACGACACUUACUACAACCUGACCCUCAAGGUGCUCGUUGGUCUGGAGUGGCUCUGCUGUUACUGCCCCUCCGCCACCUUCGUGAUGAAGACUGACACCGACAUGUUCAUCAACACCGACUACCUGCUGCAGCUCCUGUCCCGCGCCCCCCGCAGCAACCUUUUCACCGGGUACAUUGUUAGAAGCGCCGCGCCUAUCCGCGAGAAAACGAGCCGGUGGUACAUCAGCAAGGAGGAAUACCCUGGGGAAACGUACCCACCUUACUGUACCGGUACCGGCUACGUCCUGUCCACUGACUUGGCUUGCCGAGUGUGGAACAUCUCCGGGACGGCGCCAGUGUUCAGACUGGAGGACGUCUACGUGGGGAUGCGCGUCGCCGAGCUGAAGGUGGAGCCGGUGCCAAUCCACUUCAAGCCCGUCUUCUUCUCCGAGGGGGCGCCGUUCUCCAUCUGCUCCUACCGGCGGCUCGUCACCUCGCACCAUGUCAGAAACUUCGAGAAGCUGCUCUACUGGAAAGCCCUGCAGGACUCGGUCGGAGAGCGAUGCCCCGGUGACUCGUGACGGAAGCUGGCAUACCUAUCGCGCCCCAACCGCAAGAGAAUUGCCGAAUCUCAGAUGACCUUACUGAUCAUUCGAAGACUUAAUGGUUUCAAUAAAUUUUUGGACGGAAAGUCUUCAUUGGUUAUUUUUCGAGAUAAUCGGGCCUCGCAAACAGGAGGAAGUUCCGCCGGCGCCGGAAACCCGAGC